AUGGCUUCAUCUCUUCAGCAACAGUUGAGGCAAAUACAAAAAAAUAAUGUGCUGAAAUCAGGAAAAAUAAGACGGGCUCCGUCUCUGCUUUAUGACCCAAAGGUCGCAGCAGACAUGGAUCUUGACCAAAUUUUUACUGUAGCGGUCGAGGGUUUCCAUGAGUUAGUGUCAGUCGAGCCUCGGUUAUUGCAUUUUGAAAAAACUCUAUUAGCUGAGACUUCAAUUGAGGUCGACAGACUGUUGCUGUCGAAAGAGGAGAAUGAUAAACUUAACAAGGAAUCUCGAGCGAUUCUGCGUCAUUUGGCUCCUUACUUACCUCAUAAAAAUACCCUGAAGGUUUUGGAAUGGCUUGUGAGACGGUUUAGUAUUCAAGAAUAUGUUUCAGAUGAGUUUAUCUUGUCCUUUUUGCCCUUUCACGACCAUCCAUUCUUUGGACGGGUUUUGUUUUGCGCAAAACCAAAGUCUCGUUGCCUCCAAUUCCUUACACAUGCCAUUAAGGCGCGCACAGUGCCUUCCAGAACAGACAUUGUUCAUAUGAUGGUUAAGGACAAGGAGUUUUUUGCAUUGUACGCUCAGACGGUGCAAGCCGCUGCUGAAGAGGCUUGUACUUACCCAAUUCUCUCGCGUUUCUGGGCAGGUAUAUCUCUGGAAGUAAUUGCUUGUUGGGCAAAUGAUAAUGUUGCUGCUGACACUAUCAUCGACCGUGUCUUCGUGAGCGCUUCCUACGCCGCUUGCUACCCUUCUUCUGAAGAGUUUCGUCUUGCUGGAUUCAUGAUACUUACAGGCUUGUCCUCUUGUGUUCCGUUGGCGUCGAAUGUCGUUCAAGUUCUCAUUGAGGCUGUUUGUGAAAAGUGUUCUUCCGAAACGCUUUUCUCGACGCUAAUGUUUAUUUCGCAGCUCGUACAGACUCAUACAGGUACUGUCGUGCUGAAAAAAGAGAUUGUUUUGAAGCUUUCAGGCCUGGCUGCCGGAAAAGCUUUGGAAAAAAUCUCACAAAAUUGCUGCAUUAACAAGUUUCUUUAUCUUUAUUGGUCUACUCUUAUCCGCGAAGCUUGCACCCCGGAGGUCGUAGAGGAGUUUUGCUCUUCCUUCUCUCUUUUGCGUCUUACGAAACAGGAAGCAAUUUCUCUGUUGCAAUUGUUGCAUGCUGUUUCACCAAAUGUUGAAAUUAGUGAAUGCAGAAAAGCCUUGGAGCAAGUUGAGACAAAAUCAACUAAUGUAGAAGAUGAAGUUGUUACUUUUGAAGCUACCGAAAAGGAUUCUAAAAGGGAGCGUGCAGAGCUUGUUAAGGCUCUUACUCGUGAAAUUGCUGAGUUUUCCAUCAAUGACUACAAAAACAAAAAUGUUGUCUCUUUGGCUGACAGAGUUGCUAUUAUUGAUAAGCGUCUUUUUAGCAAGCUUACCAAAAAGUUUGACAACGAACUGGAACUGCUUGCUCAAAUAAUCGUUUCAGGAAAUUCGGAUUCUCAAGAUCUUGCUUUUAGUCGUUUCGAAGAAAAUAUCCGAAACAACGAAAACGUUGAUUACCAGGCAUUUAUUCCUUACUUGUUGUUUGGCCUUGCCAACCCCUCUGAAAAAGUUCGGACUAGUUGUAUGUCUGCUCUUUCGUCAUACUCUGUUUCCGUCAAGCAUCUUCAGCAAGUGAGUGAGCAUGAGGACUCUAAGCAAAAGAUCACUAUCUAUUCAUUGAAUGAUGAGAAUAGCAGUGUGCUCAAAUGGUUGUCCUAUACCGAGUUAAAUUCCCUUUUGGAUGAUAUUAUCGGUAGUCGGAAGGAAGAAAUUUUGGUUGAUCCUAACUAUGUCCUUACUUAUCUGAGUGAACGUCUUUCCUCUGAAAAGAAGCAAAAGGAUCUUUCUCAUAAAGCUGCUAUUGUAUCUUUCUUAUCGUCGCACGUAAUUGGUAACCGCUUUUCCGAGGUUCGUGUCUUCCUGCUUUCUGUGUUGGACGGUGUUAAAGAGUACACUCGUGAGAUUGCAAGUCAGUUUUUGGUUCCCGUAUUGGAGGAGUAUGUCUCUGGUAAACGCGAUUUGUCUACGCUUUCCCUUGACGAGGCUGCCGGUCUUGUGAAUUUGGCUACCCAUCAAGACUUCACUGUUCUUAUUGCUUUAGUGAGUAAACCCAGCAAUGCUGCUUCUGCUGCUUGUAGACGACUGGUGCAAUUGCAGUCAAAACUGAAAAACUCUGGACGUCUGGAGUUUGUUCGUCUGUUGCUCAACAUGGAACUGCCACCUUCAUAUGUGUCUGAAACCUUGGAAGCAAUAGACGUUCCCACUAGUGUCUUUAGCUCUUUGCUUGCCGAAUUGGAUUUGACUAGUGAGGUUGCUCCGGCAGCAAGUGCAAAGAAGGUGAAAAAGACUGCUGCUUUGCAGCCAAAGAUUCAAAUAUUAACUCGUAUUCUCGAGUUAUUAGAACAAAAGGAUCCCACUUCGCAUAUAGCUCUUCUUUCCGGACUUUUUGAGAUUCUGAAUUUUGUUAUCUCCUCUCGUGAUGAAAUCCAGUUCUCUGCUUAUCUUCUGCAGUUGCUCCUUGGCAUUUUGUAUACCAUGGUGAGCGCUACUACUAUUGAAGAGGCACCACCGUCUAUCCGUAUCGACAUUUUGGUUAACUGCAUUCGUUCCUCUACAAAUCCUCAAGUACAGAAUCGUGCUUUGUUGCUCGUUGGCGCGCUUGCUAGUGUUGAAUCUUCAGCAGUUCUCCAUGGUGUCAUGCCUAUUUUCACUUUCAUGGGAACCACGCUUUUGUCGCGAGACGAUGCAUUUUCUUCGCAUGCCAUUGAACAAACUGUUAAGAGAGUUGUUCCCGCACUGCUUUCUGGUUCAACGGAUGUGAAUGCUGCCGUUUUGAUUUCGUGUUUUGUGAAUGCGUUUCCACACAUCCCUCAGCACCGCCGUCUUCGUUUGUUUGUCACUCUCUUGCAAACUAUGGGUGUUUCAAAGUAUCUCUCCUCAUUUUUAAUUCAAUUUUCAGAAAAAUUGCUACACAUCAAAUCAACUCAUGCGAAGGUCAUUCAAGAUUUCUGUUUGUUGCUUGUUCGCACGAUUUCUCUGGGAGAUCGUUUUACCGCUAUAGAGCAGUGUAUUGGUGCAUGUGUCCAAUUACGCAAGAGCGAGCUGGAAGUCGGUGAAAAGCAUGAUAAGGAUCAUUCUGAAAUUAAGCUUGAGCAAAUUCCUUUUGAGAUUUCUGCUGCUAGCGUCGCCAAUCUUCGUCUUAAUAUCAUUGAACUUAUUUCUUUGAUUUGUAAAUCGAAGCAAUUUGAACUUGAUCUUGCUAUGACGCUUGAGUCAGACGCCAAAAAGUUUGAGUUAUUGGAGCGCGGAAUUUCUGACUCCGUCUCUUUGCUUAUGGAGUUGGAUGAAAUCCUCACAACUGAAAAUGAAAAAGAGGCUGUUUAUGCUGCAUUGAGAAAUAUUAUUUCCCUGCUUCCUAUCUCUUCUUUUGCUGCCGUUAUCAAAGAGUUGCUUCACGACAAUCGCGUAUUACUUCGUCGUAGUGCUCUUACUCUGUUACAGUUUAGAGUACGUCAAGGCACAAAUGUUUCUGUUCUUGGAAGUUUGGUUGAAGAUGUUACGGCUAACAUUUCUGAAAAUGUCGAUGAAGAAACGACUCAAAUGGCGAUGGAAUGUCUAUCAUUCAUGGCUCGCCGCUUCAUGCAACAAGUGGAGAUUUUUGUUCCCGCUGUCUCUUCGGUUAUUGGAUCCGCUGGAUUAAAGAGCAGUUCAAAGGAUGUGCAAGUUUCUGCCAUUUUUGUUCCGUUCACUUUGGAGAUUUUGAAUAAUGCUAUCAAUGAUGAGGAAGGAAGUCUUGUGGAGCUUGCAUGUAUUCAUGAUGAUAGACUUAUUCAAGCUGCCUUGACAUCCUCAAGAGCUUUUGACUCCGAGAGUAUUGGUGAGAUGCUCUUCGAAACUGUUGCUAAGUACAUUCCCACAAGAUUGUUAUUCAAAGCCAUUCUUCAAGUCUGGCCCGAUUGCGUUAAGAUUGGACCGACUGCCGCCAUUCGUCUGUUUGAUUUGAUUGGAUUGGGUAUUGACAAUGCUACACGUUCUGCCCGUCGUUCGUUGUUGUUUGCUGAAGAACUUGACAAUGUCGAGACAAAGUCUGUAAAUGUGUUUCUUAAAUUCGUUAUGAAGCUUAGUGACUCCACUUUCCGUCCGUUAUUUUUCCGUCUUCACUCUUGGGCCUUACAAGAUUUAGUCUCUACAGACCCUGCGGGUUUAACAGCUCGUCAAAUCUUUUUCUACAACUUCUUUACUGUUUUCUUGAAGUCUCUCACUUCCAUCGUUACGAACUACUACGCAUAUGUAUUGGAUGAUACGGUUGAUUUGUUGGCUUCGAAAGAAACCAAUGGUGAGUUGCGCCAACUGAUAUUGAGUAGUCUUGCCAAUGCGUUUGAAAAUGACUCUGAAGAAUUCUGGCUUGUUCCAGCCCGUUUCAACAAAAUUGCACCCGUUCUAAUUGAACAAAUAUCUUAUGCCCCUCUCCUUGACAAUAGCACUCUCAUUAAGGCGGUCGUUGAGCUCGCCAGCACUGCUGCUUCUGAUGAUAACUUUAAGGCUAUUAACACGCCGUUGUUGCAGUACUUGCGCUCUGAAACUGUUGAUGUCCGCGUUUUAGCGAUCCAAAUGGAAACAGAAUUGUACAAGCGACUUAACGAAGACUGGCUCACUACUCUUCCUCAAUCUGUGCCAUUCAUUGCCGAGUUAAUGGAAGAAGACGAUGACCAGGUUGAAAGUGCUACGACUGAACUGAUUAAGGUGAUAGAGGACAGACUUGGUGAUUCAGAGUCUCUCCAGGACUAUUUGACUUAA